AGCUCACUGUAUAUAAAAGCUGGAUUUCGGUAUUCAUCUACGGACCACGCACUGUCUGUUAUUGUGCCAAAAAACAAGAGAUGCAAACAACCGCUUUCUUACAAAACCGGCACGGAUCUUAGAAGAUUGUUCAGCACUGGUCAUUAUUUUAAAUUAAUUCAAAAAACGGGAUAUUGUUUUGAUCAGCUUCUGAUUAAAAUGGUGGCCUGGACUUUCUUAACGGAGGUACAUUUAUUCAUUAUUUUUAUGCUGUUAACCUUUGCAGUUAAUGGGGAAGUUCGCUAUUCUAUUCCCGAAGAGAUGGCAGCAGGGUCCUUUAUUGGAAAUAUAGCAAAUGAUCUCGGAUUAGAUGAUAAACGACUAAAAAACGGCAAAGCUCGAAUUUAUUCUGAAGGAGGCACGGACUACAUUGAGCUAAAUGUAAACAAAGGUACACUAGUAAUUAAAGAAAGAAUUGAUAGGGAGCAGCUCUGUGGGCGAAUCAUGCCGUGUAUUCUGAAUUUUCAGAUUCUGCUUGAAAAUCCAAUGGAAUUGCAUCGUGUUGCUGUGGAAAUUAUUGAUGUUAACGAUAACGAUCCCAUAUUUCCAAGGAAUUUAAUUCAGUUAGAAAUAAGUGAAUCGUCAAUCUCAGGGGCUCGUUUUUCACUGCCGCGUGCUGUAGACCCUGAUGUGGGUGUUAACACACUUCAGACGUACACUCUGUCUUCUACUGAUCAUUUUCAUUUAAAAUCGCGCUCUCAAGAUGAACAAAGUAGCUUCAUAAAUUUAAUUCUGAAAACUCCGCUAGACAGAGAAAAGCAAGAGCAGCAUAUUUUGAUAUUAACUGCGGUAGACGGAGGAGACCCUCCCCGGUCCGGGACAGCCGAAAUUCACAUUAUUGUUCUGGAUGCCAACGACAAUACUCCAGUUUUCACGCAGGAGAUUUACAAAGCUACUGUUGCUGAAAACGCGCCGGUGGGUUCGGUUUUAUUAAGGGUUAAUGCUACUGAUGCAGACACAGAUCUGAAUGGACAAAUAACUUAUUCUGUUACCCAUGCAACUGACAUCGCGAAAGAAUUGUUUGAAUUAAACCCAGUUUCUGGCGAAAUAAAAGUGAUCGGUCUAAUUGAUUAUGAACAGAGCAAAAUGUAUGAAAUGAAUGUUGAAGCCAGAGACCACGGCAAUAAUGCAGAUUCUAGUAAAGUGGUAAUAGAAGUCACUGAUGUAAAUGACAACACCCCUGUCAUAAAUGUUAUGUCAGCCUCGAAUCAAAUUCCUGAAGACGCUUUACCUGGGACUGUAAUAGCCAUGAUUAACAUCCAGGAUAAGGAUUCUGGAAAAAACAGUGAAGUGCAUUGUUACAUUGAUGAGGACAUUCCGUUCAGAUUAAAAUCUUUAAAUAACUUUUAUAAAUUAGAAACGGAUGGUUUUUUAGAUAGAGAGAUGAUCCCCAAGUAUAACAUUACUAUUCAUGUAGAAGAUAAAGGAACACCUUCGCUCUCCGCUAGCCAUACCUUAACACUGGAAAUAAGUGACGUGAAUGACAAUCCACCAAAGUUCGAAAAGGAACAUUAUAUUGCAUAUGUUGUGGAAAAUAAUUCUCCUGGGUCUUCAUUUUUUUCGUUAAAAGCAAAAGACCUGGAUUUAGGUGCGAACAGUAAAAUUGCUUAUUAUGUCCAAGAAACUCGUGUUCAGAACUCGUCAGUGUCGUCUUAUGUUUCUGUUAAUUCCGAUGACGGUGUCCUCUAUGCAGUUCGUUCAUUCGAUUAUGAGCAAACAACUCAGUUUCAGGUCUCAGUGAUAGCCAAAGAUGGUGGAUCUCCACCUCUCAGCUCAACUGCUGUUAUAGAUGUGUUUGUUCAGGACCAGAAUGACAACGCACCUCGGAUUUUGUACCCCGUUCAAAGUAAAGGUUCUCUGGUGGCUGAGAUGGUACCCCGCAGUGCAGAUGUUGGAUAUCUUGUCACUAAAGUCGUUGCAGUUGACCAGGACUCGGGACAGAACGCAUGGCUCUCCUAUAAAAUUAUGAAACCCGCAGAUCUGACACUUUUUGAAAUUGGAUUGCAAAACGGAGAAGUGAGGACUCUUCGUCAGGUUGUUGAUAAAGACUCUUCCAAACAAAGGUUAACCAUUUCAGUGGAAGACAGCGGACGACCUUCGCUUUCUGCUACAGUAGUUGUGAAUGUUGUCGUUACUGACGGCCUUCAUCAGGCGCUUUUAGAACUUAAUGAUAUGUCACAGGGCACCGAAGCCGAUGACAACAUCACAUUUUACUUAAUACUCGCCUUAGUGAUUGUUUCUUUUCUUUUCAUGACUUUCAUCAUAAUUCUAGUAUCAGUUAAACUAUACACGUGGAGACGAUCUAAACUGUAUAACAAAUGUGCCGGUGGAAACCUCCCAGUUAUUCCGUAUUAUCCACCGCACUAUGCAGAUGCUGUUGGAACAGGAACGCUUCAUCAGGUCUUCAAUUAUGAAGUCUGCAUGACAGCUGAUUCUGGGAAGAGUGAAUUCAAGUUCAUAAGACCUACAAAUGGGACUUUGGUACGUGUUGAUCCAAGUGGAACAGAAACAAUACCGCACAUGAUGAGCAAGAAUGCCAUUGAUGAAGCAGAUUUUAAGCAGGUAGGCCCUCUGUCACAAUAG